AUGGCUCAUCAUGAGGAAAUUCAGCAGAGAAGUUUGAAUGACUAUCUCCAUCCUACUCGUACUCCUACCCUUUCUUGUAUCAUCUUUCCACCUAAUAUGCCCAACUUUGAAUUUAAACCUGGCAUGAUUCAACUCUUGCCAAAUUUCCAUGGUUUAGAAAAUGAAAAUCCUUAUGUGCAUAUUAGGGAAUUUGAGGAGGUGGUAGCCACUUUCUAUAACCAAGCUAAUAUCGCAGAUACUGUGCGAUUGAAGUUUUUUCCCUUCUCUUUGAAGGAUAAGGCUAAAAGCUGGUUAUACUCUCUGAGACCAAGGUCUAUUGGAACAUGGGAUGAAAUGACAUCGUCAUUAUUCUUCCACAAAUACUUCCCUAACCACAAGACCAAUGGCUUAAAAAGACAGAUUUCUACUUUUUCCCAAAAAGACAAUGAAACUUUCUAUCAAUUCUGGGAAAGGUUUAAGGAACUGUUAACUCUUUGUCCCCACCAUGGCUAUGAAAAAUGGCGCCUAGUCAGCUAUUUCUAUGAAGGCCUCACUAUUCGUGAACGUCAGUUUGUAGAAAUGAUGUGCAAUGGUGAAUUUCUUCAAAAAGAUCCUGAAGAAGCCUUGGAAUAUCUCAAUGGGCUUGCAGAAAAAUCUCAUACCUGGACUGGUCCAAGUGCUACUGAAAGCACUAACCGAAAUCGACCAGCAGGAAUUUACCAAUUGAGGGAGGAGGACAGCCUCAAAGCCCAAGUUGAGUCCUUAACAAAGCAACUUGAGGCAUUUAAGACAAAAGGUGGGCAAGGACUUCAUAUGAUUGCCCGAAUAGAAACACAUGAGCCAUGUUUUGUGUGUGGAGGAACGGAUCAUUUAGCUAAGGACUGCUUAGCUUUUAGUGAAAUAAGGGGGGUUUAUGAAGAGCAAUGUAAUGCCUUAGGGGCCUAUAAUAAGUCAUUCUCUCAUACGUACAACCCUGGUUGGAGAAACCACCCAAAUUUCAGCUGGAGAGAUCCUAACCAAGCACAAUCUUCUGGAGGGCAAUGGAGAAAUGAGCACCAGUCUCAACCAUCAAAAGCUCAUCCUACUCCUCAAUACAAUACUCCUCCUCAAAGGAGUUCUCUUGAGAACACCCUUCAUUCAUUCAUGGAGGAGCAAGCCAAAAUAAAUCGUCAAAUGAUGGAAGAAAUCAAGGACAUGAAAAGUCAAUUUUCAAAACUGACUGGAUCCUUGGUUAAUUCUGAAAGAGGCAAACUUCCUUCUCAGCCUCAAUUUAAUACACAAGGGCAACAUAUGACUCAAACCUCCAACUCUAACGAUCAAAACGUUAAGGAGGCUAAUGCCAUCACCACUAGAAGUGGUAAAGCUUUGGAAGAUCCACCAAAUUCAAAUACUACUUCAUAA